AUGCCGUUGUCCGUCUCUGCGUCGGCUCUCCCGUCGUUUCGGAAGCAGCAUCUUCUCGUCGAGUUCACCCGUCUGCGCUAUGCACAGCUGGAUGGCGUUUUCUUGAGCAUCACGCCCGGCGACCCAACACUGUGGGUAGGUGUAAUAUUCGUGCGAAAAGGACCAUAUGCGCCUGCAGUCUUACGCUUCCAAAUCUCCUUCCCACCCAGCUAUCCUACUAUACCCCCCCUCGUGACCUUUUCUACCGAUGUCUUUCACCCGCUGCUCACGCCACUUACCACGUAUACUUACACGACUGGCUCCGCCGACACGGAUACCGUCAGUGCCACGGAUGAGGAACGGCUGCCACCGGGAGGCUUCAGUCUCCGGCACGGCUUCCCGCACUGGUUCGGCAGAGCUCGAAGAUCUGUACCGAAUUCUCGCGAUGUCAGUGGAUCUUCAAAUGCUAUUCCCGCGCGAUCCGACUCCAAUGUCGCAUCUGGCGUCCUCGGGGCUUCUCAGUCUACUGCGGAGUACUCCAUUGUGCGCAUGAUAGAGUACAUCCGCUCAACCUUUAGUGAGGAGUCAAUAUUGGACUCACUUCCGCUAGAGGCUGCUGCGAAUCCAGGUGCGUAUCAUGCAUGGCGGGCGCACCGCGCUCCGAUAUUGCAAUCACAACAGUCAGACCGAGCAACUCCAAGUCCCGACCCUUCCACAACGGACAAGUCCGAAGGUUCAUCUGCAUUGGGACGUAAUCGCCGACCUGGAGAGUGGAACUGGGAGGGGGUCUGGGAGGAACGUGUAAGAAAAGCAGUCAAGGCUAGUAUAUCGGAACCAGUCCUGUUCGGCGCUGGCGCUGGAGAAGACAUUAUUCGCUUUCGCGAGGCGGACGAUGAGAUGCACGAGAAGAUGAAAAGGCAUUUAGAAGUGGCUGCCGCCCAACUGGGCGAGGCGUAA